AUGAUGCACACCGACUUCUCCGGUUUAGGGAGUAUUUUUCAAAACAUGUUAACUUGGCUAGAUCAUAAUCCACAUCCGGCUAGGGGCAUGCUCAUAUCCGACGACCCUGCUGCAUUUUUGUAUGUGCAUUCGUUGGACGAAGGACGAUCCAACUCUGUUAUUCCCGCAUAUCCACCUGAAGAUGGCACUUCUUCUGGAGUUUGGCGCUGGAAAACCAUACUGGAAGAGGCUCCUCUUCUCAAGACACCAAGCCAGAUGCUCGACCACAAGUGUGCUGGGGAACCUCGCUAUAUUUGUACGCUAUGCAACUUUAAGAUCGAUGACUAUGAGGAUUUCGCCGAAGAUCUCUUUGGAGAUGCUCAUGACGAUCAGCAUAUGUAUAGGUUUACUCACUUCCCUCCCAAUGAGAUUGACAUCUUUGUCCAAUUUCGGAAAGACAAAGUCCGAAUGAUAGAGAUGCUAGAGUUAGAAGAACAAGAGAGCCUUUCAAGUGAGCAUCCUGACAAAGAUGAUGCGCAAUCAGAGAAUAAAACCCAUUUGCUCUUGUGUUAUUGGGCUAGUGACAAUAACUCAGAACCCAUUUCUCACAAAACUCCACCUGGUUCGAGUAUUGUCCAAACCCUAGCCACACACCAGUAUCAGACCAAAUUUCUGAAACUCCCGAUCCUGGAAUCCGCCGAUUCCUUUGCGCCUGAACCGACUCGCCAUAGCUCCACCUUGCUUCUGAGCUAUCGGCCUUGCUUUUUCUUAUCCGAAGCAGUUCUGUUCUUCUUCCCUUUUACCUGA